AUAUAUAUAUAUAUAUAUAUAUGUUGAUCGCAUUCGGUUGCAUGCGUUCGAUUUACCAGCUGUUUUCAGUUUCGCAAGUCGCGAAAUUUUGGUAUUUACGCAGAAAUUACGCAGUAGCAAUAAACAUGGUUGAAUUGAAGUGGGAAGAAAAAUAUGAACUAAUCACCAGAAACUUAGCUGAGUGGCUUGGCGAUGAGAAACUUAAAAGUAUUCUCAAACAACGAGAUUUGAAACUCUACUGGGGUACUGCUACAACUGGAAAACCCCACAUUGGCUAUUUUGCACCAAUGUCCAAAAUAGCAGAUUUUUUAAACUCUGGUGCUGAAGUUACUAUAUUGUUUGCCGAUCUUCAUGCAUAUUUGGAUAAUAUGAAAGCACCAUGGGAACUUUUAGAACUUCGUACUCAAUAUUAUGAAACAAUUAUUAAAGCUAUGCUUAAGUCUAUAGAUGUGCCUUUGGAAAAGUUAAGAUUUGUUAAAGGAACAGAUUAUCAGUUAUCUAAGGAAUACACAUUGGAUAUGUAUCGGUUAAGCUCUGUUGUAACUGAGCAUGAUGCGAAAAAAGCAGGCGCUGAGGUAGUUAAACAGGUUGCAAAUCCUUUGCUUUCUGGAUUGUUAUAUCCAGGUUUGCAAGCUUUAGAUGAACAUUACCUUAAAAUUGAUGCCCAAUUUGGUGGAAUAGAUCAAAGAAAAAUCUUCACUUUCUCAGAAAAAUAUUUGCCUUUGCUUGGAUAUGAAAAACAUAUCCAUUUAAUGAAUUCAAUGAUUCCUGGAUUAGCAGGAUCAAAAAUGUCUUCUUCGGAAGAAGAUUCAAAAAUUGAUUUGUUAGAUAAUGCUGUAGCUGUUAAAAAGAAAUUAAAGAAAGCAUUUUGUGAACCUGGUAAUGUAAAUGACAAUGGAGUUCUUUCAUUUGCUAAACAUGUAAUAUUUCCUUUAUUGAAAGGAGAAAGGACCUUUGAUAUACAAAGGACAACUGAGUUUGGUGGAGAUAUAUCAUUUGAAAUAUAUGAAGAUUUAGAGAAUGCCUUUGCUAAAGAAGAAAUACAUCCUGGAGAUUUAAAAAAUGCAGUUGAAAUUUACAUUAAUAAACUUUUAGAUCCAAUUAGGAAAGAAUUUGAAGCAGAUCCAAAAUUAAAAAGUUUGGCGAAUAAAGCAUAUCCUCCACAAAAACCAAAAGUGGUGGAGGAAUUAACACCAGCUCGAUUGGACAUUAGAAUCGGAAAAAUAGUUGAAGUUUCAAAACAUCCUGACGCUGAUUCACUUUAUAUAGAAAAAAUUGAUAUUGGAGAAGCUAGUGGACCUCGAACAAUAAUCAGUGGACUUGUAAAUUAUGUACCAAUCGAAGAAAUGCAAAACAGAAUGGUAGUUAUCCUUACAAACUUGAAACCAGCAAAUUUAAGAGGUGUCCAAUCUCAUGGAAUGGUUUUAUGUGCUUCAGUAGAUGAACCAGUGAGGCGAGUUGAACCAUUGAGACCUCCAGCAGAUAGUAAACCGGGUGAAAAGGUCGUUGUUGAUGGAUAUGAAGAUGGAUCACCAGAUGAAGUACUUAAUCCAAAAAAAAAAGUGUGGGAAAAAUUACAAGUUGAUCUUGUAGUAAAUGGUAAUGGAGAGGCAUCUUGGAGUGGAAAUCUUUUACUUACUGUCAAUGGUGGGAAACUCACAGCUGACAGUCUUAAAAACGUAGCAGUUAAAUAAUACUUAAUACUUCAGAUGUCUAGUUUGUUCGUGAACAAGGAGAUCGUGGCUUUAAAUUAUGGAAAUUUUGUAUCUUCAAUCGUGAAACAUUACACGAUUUCGACUUUCGAUCUUUCUUCUUCAGGAUUAACCAAGAUGUAACAGGGCAUAAUGCUAAUUCUUUUCUCAAUGAACUACUACUACAACCAUACAAUAAAGGAUUUAUUGCAGCAUUAAGCAAUACUAAAUAUCUACUAAUAUACCUGUAAAAAUUAUUCAUAUAUCAUAUGCUGCAUUGAUUAAUGAAAUGAUUUUGAAAUAUUUACCAUAAUGGAUACAAAGUGUCUGCUUGUCCUAUCUUAGGCGGUUCUUUUAAUAACUCUGCCUUCCGAAUUAUUAACGCGGUAAAUGGUACACGGCAUAUGAUGAAUGCUAAAACUAUUAAUGCUAAUACUUGUGCUACUUUUCCUUUAUAUUUUACCACAAUAGGAUAUUUACUUCUCAAAGCUUGUGCUUCGUAACGAUCUAAUUUUAUAAGAAUAGCCGAAUAACAUAUUGCCAUGAUACCCAAUGGUGCCCAAACGGUUAAACCGGCGAAAAUGUGCCAAUAAGGAUAGAUAAGCACAGUGUCUUCAGUACAAUAUGUUUCUAAAUAAUUUUUCCAUUGCCUUUCGUAGUAAUGUCGAAAAUAAAUUAAAGGAAUAGCGACAGAUAUUCCACAAAUCCAAGUAGAAAAAAGUAAAAUGUGCAUUAUUCUUCUCGAUAAUUUUCCCGAGCAAUUCAGGACAAUAGCUGAAACACGAUCGUAACUGAUUGCACUCAAGUUAAAAACCGCAAUUAAUGUCAAAGCAUGCACUAAUGCUCCAUCCGUUCGACAGCCAAUCUCGCCCAAAAUGUAGUUUUGAAACAGAUCAACACAAAGAAACAUCCAUGGACAUAUCAAACAUGUACCAAAAUCUGCGAUACACAUAUUUACAAUCAAAAGAUUUGUCGUAGUGUGUAAUGAUUUUUCUUUCAAUAUCACAUAGAUUAAUCCACCAUUAGCUAAGGAUCCAACAGUGAUAAUUGGUAAAACACUGAUAAUUUUUAUAAUCACUUCCCAUGUAGGUCGUAUUUCCCAAAUUUCUGAAGGAAACAUAUGCUUACUAGUGUCGACAUUUUCCCACUAAGAAUUUAUAUAUUUAUUAGUUACGUCGAUAGUGAAUACAACAGGAUGAUUUUUUAAAUGGAAAAUCAUACUUCCGAAUUUGUAGCUGCAAGCUCGUAGAUAUUCUUCAUAUGAUAACUCCACUGUAUGUUUAGUAUAUAGGUUUUGUUUAUCAAAUUUGAGAAAUCCAUGUCAUUUAGUGUAUUAUGGUAUAAGAACGAUGAAUUCUAAUAAGAUACUGAGGGCUUAAUGAUAAUUGCAAGGAUUAAUCUAAAUGCAACAGAUGGUAUACAUUAACAUUAAGAGCAAGCUUGUUUAUUUAGCUCUUUAGUAAGAUUUAAAAUAUGAUAUAGCAGUUCAAAGUAAUUGCUGAUAAAUUUUAGGGAUACCAAGUUUAAAGAAUGAUUUUUAUGAAAGAUAAUGGUGAUUUAUCAUUUGACUCGUUUAAAUUUAUAAUUGUAUUUUAUUUGGUUGCGAAGGUGUACAUAGCUGUACACGCGAAUUCCAUACAAAUAUUUGUAUAAUGAUGUGCGACAGAUUUUUUAUAUAAUAUAAAUUAGUUGAUUUUUUGCUUAUUUAUAAGCAUAUAAAUUUGGCACACUUAAAAAUAUUUUUCACAAUAUUUUAUGCAACUGUAUUCUUCAUUAUAUUAUAUUAUUCUUAUUAGACUUUUUAUACAGUUUGUACUUCAUAGAUUAUUUUCUAGUCAGUCAUAUCUAGAAUUUUCUAGAUAAACAUCACGAUUCUGCUUAAUUUUUUUAUACGAAAAAUAUAUAAAAGUUAUAUUUAUAAGUUAAUACGAUUUAAUUAUGCAACUAAUUUUAUUUCAAUUUUGAUGAUAAUGAAUGUUAACUUUUUAAAAGAAUAAAAGUAGUUGAAAUUAUCAAUCCUUUACACAUAACAAUUUUUUACGAAUACAUUUAUAUUUUUUGUUAUAAAUUUUAACACCAUUGGAACUUAAAUUAAUUCUAAAAUUAAUCUUUGAUCUUCUCUUCCCCUUUCUUUCUUAUUCAUUAAAUUUUUAUUUCUUUAUAGUUAAAAUAAAAUAAUAUUUUUUAACUUUUUUUAUUCUACGUUUUUUUAUAGCAAAUAUUUAGGAAAAUAAAAAUUAAGAAAGGUUUGAAGUGUCAAACAUAACGUAGUUAUAACUAAGAACAGAACUGAAUUGUUAAAAUAGAUCAUAAAUUAAAUAAUAGAUUUGUUUUACUUU